AGGCACAUUUUCACAUACCCUGAAAAUAGAUGGCUCCGAGUUUUGAUAAUGGCAAAUCACUUUUCGACUUUGUUGUCCGAGAUGGAAAUGGUGUCAAAGGAAUAGUCGACUUAGGCUUAUCAAAGGUGCCACAGGCUUACAUUCAACCACCGGAAGCGCAGAUUGAUAAGGAAAACGCAAGCAAACAUGGGCAGCCACCGAUUGAUUUGUCGAGGCUUGACGGCCCUGACCAUGAUGAAGUGGUCAAGGAAAUUGUUAGAGCUUCUGAGACUCUCGGCUUCUUCCAAGUUGUGAACCAUGGCGUGCCUGUUGAUCUACUAGAGUCCCUUAAGGACGCGGCGCAUACCUUCUUCGGCCAGCCACCAGAAAGGAAGUCUGUUUAUCGUAAAGAAGUGAGUCCAACCCCGUUAGUGAGGUAUGGGACGAGCUUUGUCCCAGAGAAAGAGAAAGCGUUGGAGUGGAAAGACUAUAUCAGCAUGGUAUAUACCAACGACGCCGAAGCUCUUGAACAUUGGCCUGUAGAGUGCAGGGAAGUUGCACUUGAGUAUUUGAAGACAUCACUUGAGAUGGUGAAGAAAUUACUUCAUGUUUUAACGGAAAACCUUGGAGUGAAACUAGAUGACUCGAAGAUCGAUGCACUCAUCGGCAGAAAGACAGUUAACAUGAACUUUUAUCCAACAUGUCCUAAUCCUGAUCUCACAGUUGGUGUAGGACGUCAUUCUGAUUUUGGAACUUUAACUGUCUUAUUGCAAGAUGGUAUCGGCGGUUUGUAUGUGAACAUUCCAGAAGACACAGAUAUUGGAAAGAGGGGAGAUUGGGUAGAGAUCCCCCCAAUUCAUGGUGCUUUGGUCAUCAACAUUGGCGAUAUGUUACAGAUUUUAAGCAAUGGAAGGUACAAAAGUGCAGAACACCGGGUUCGUACCACCAGCACAAAAUCGAGGGUGUCAAUACCAAUUUUCACCAUCCCUAAACCAACAGAGAAAAUUGCACCACUACCUCUGGUGGUAGAGAAAGAUGAAGUGGCUCGUUAUAGAGAGUUUGUGCUUGGAGAUUAUAUGAAUAACUAUUUUGGAAAUCCUCAUGAAGGCAAGAAGUCUCUCGAUUUUGCACGGAUAAAUUCAGCUUGA